AUGGCAACACUUGUGCUCGGACUACUCGUUGCUCCGUGUCCAACAGCUGUCUCGGUGAAGACUAGGCGAAGCAGCUGCCCUGACCAAUGUGAUGGCAUCUCCAUCGCGUAUCCGUUCGGGAUAGGGGCAGACUGCUCCCUGCCGGGCUUCAAUCUCACCUGUGCGAAGGGCGCCAACAACACUAGUAGCCUACUGCUUGGCAACCCAAGCAUCCAGGUGUGGGACUUGGACUGGGGGCCGUGGGUCCGGUAUCCGUUUCCUGCCGUCCACACAAACAUCAGCUACUCUGUGAAGCUAAUUCCUGCCCAGAACUACUCCGUGCACUGGGAGGCUCCAGGCAGACCUUUUGCCAUCUCUGGCUCCUCUAACAUGGCCCUCUUCGUUGUUGGCUGCUCUGUUAAGGCGAUGUUGUUCACCGGGGACUCCGCUGUUGAACUUGGCAACUGCUACGUUGCCUGUAUGGGAGGAUCUCAAGUCGGUCUGGGAUACUGUAGCAUCGCUAUUACGGUGACACUAAGAUCGUUUACUCUCAACAUCUCGAGCCACACUAAAAGCUCAAGCAGCGCAGGGGCUAUAGAGCAAGUGAGUGUGUUCAUCACCGAUCAACUGUUCCUGCUAUUGGACCUCCAUGACUAUGACUAUCCAGCCGCACUGAUGAGUUGGGCUAUUCCCAAUCAGCUCAACUGUAAACGCGCCAAGGAGGACAAAGCCAGCUAUGCGUGCGUUAGUAGCCACAGCAAUUGUCAGGAAGCACCGAUUGGUGGAUAUUUUUGCAACUGUUCGCAAGGAUUCUAUGGCAAUCCGUACGUCGUCAACGGCUGCGUUUUGCCGGACCCACCAGCACCAACACCUGCUCCUGCUCCCUCUCAUGAUUUUCAUGAAGAAUUAGGUUGCUUUGCAAAGCUUCCACUGUAUCUAACAUGUAACCCAAGGCCUUCUCCUAUCCUUCAAAUGCCCGAUGGUUCGGUGGUCACUGACAUAUCCAUCGACGAAGGUAUCCUGCGUAUUCUCAACUUAUCAGAUACAGGCAGUUCCUUGGCCUACCUGGGAGCCCCUUUGUACUCUUUCUCUGGUGAACACGGCGUGUUGAGGUGGGCCGUCGACAACAAGACCUGUAAGGAUGCAAUGGCGUCUGAGGAUUAUAGAUGCUUCUCUAAUAGUGAUUGCUUGGAUGUCACAGACGAAAUACUAUCACUCAAACACGUUGGUUAUCAGUGCAAGUGCUCUCAUGGAUUUGGAGGAAAUCCUUACCUUAGAUACGGAUGCACAAGUAUUAGCACUGGCAAGCAUCAAAGAGAAAGCAAACUUGUAAUAUUAGGUGUGACCAUUGGAUUAAGCAGUGGAGGUGGCAUUCUAUUCCUUGGCGCAGAUCUUUGCACUUCUUACACGGAGAUGGAAGAGGCGUUCGAGAAACAACUUAGAAAGAGGUAUUUCCAUAAAAACAAAGGGCAUCCUGUCGACCAACGUGUCGUGGCUAUCAAGAGGUCAAAGGUCGAGGCAAGCUCGGAGAUUGAGCAGUUCAUCAACGAGGUAUCCAUCCUCUCACGGAUCAACCACCGGAACGUGGUGAAGCUUCUGUUUCUUUGCCUUGAGGCCGAGGUCCCAUUGCUUGUCUACGAGUUCAUCUCCAACGGCACAUUAUAUGACCUCCUGCACCAUGAGCAGAAUGCCGGUGUCAAUUCUUCACAGAGAUGUCAAGAGCAUGAAGCGUACUUCUUAAUGAGCAGUUACAUAGCUAAGGUUUCAGAUUUUGGCGCGUCGAGGUCGAUCCCAAUUGAUCAGACACAUCUAGUAACUGCCGUGCAGGGCACAUUUGGAUACUUGGACCCUGAAUACUACCACACCGGGCAACUCAACGAGAAGAGUGAUGUUUACAGCUUUGGAGUGAUACUUCUCGAGCUGCUGACAAGGAAGAAGCCAAUCUUCGAGAAUGAGAAUGGCGAGAAGCAGAACCUGUCGAACUAUUUCUUAUGGGUUAUAGGUGAGAGGCCCCUUGAGGAGGUUGUUGACAAGCAGAUUCUAAGUGUUGAAAGUGAGGAAGCAAUUAGGAGUAUGGUUCGGCUGGCAGAGGAGUGCCUCAGUCUGACACGAGGGGAUAGGCCAACCAUGAAAGAUGUGGAGAUGAGGCUCCAAAUGUUGAGGGGUCGUCAGUCCGUCGCCCCGCCUCGUUGUGACGGUGAGCGGCGUGGUGCUGUUCCGGUGCCUGCAGGUCAGAAUGGUUCACGGCGGUACAGCCUUGAGCAGGAAUUUCUGUCGUCCGCAAGUGUGCCGCGGUAG